AUGCUGGCCGUCAACCCAGCAAAAAUUCCAUUUUUUGAGCUGCGGCUAUUUUUUCUCAUCCUCGUUGGCCUCCAUUCUCUCGUCGGUACGCGAUUUCCCUUUCUUGAUUUUUUUUUUCUGUAAGUUUUUGGUUUAGUGAGUAAAGUCGGUGUUUAUUCCGCAUGCUUCAAGCUCUAUGAAAAACUUUCUCAAAAAAUUUUUUUACUUUGACUUUAUAAAAAAUUUUAAGUCUCCAUUCUUUCAAAAAGACUAAUUUUUCUUUUCACUUUUUUUCGGGGAAGAAUAAGUUAAUUAGAAUCGGUAAUAUCAGUGCUCAUUUGGUAUGCAUUGAAAGCCAGACGCACUCUUUUUCUUGAAUUUUUCGACGAACCUUGCGAAAAAAAAAAGUUGAAUGUUUAGAAGCUUUUUUGUUUCAGAAAACGACUUAAGAAACAUUUUUAGAGCGUAAAAAAUGUAGUCUAUUUAUUCGGAUCGCGUUUUCUAGGGCUUGCUCGGAACGCCAAUUCAAUUUCCAUCGACGUUUCCCAUCCCGCUCUUUUCUUUGCAUUUCUAAUUUAGGCUUGCUCCGAGGUUAGAUUAAUUGGCAGCCAUUAUUUUUUUCUGGAUAACUUUGAAAACUCUAUCUUCUAACUUUAUGCGGGAUAUUAUAAUUGAAGAGGCUAUUAACCUUCACCGGAAGGCCAGUGUUUGCAUUUAUCAUGUCGGCUGCCUUAAUCCAAUAAUGAAGGCUCCGUUGCACUUGAAGCGCACUGGGAGUACUGGAAAAUUGACUGGGAAAAAAAUUUCAAAACAGAAGCCGAAAAAUGAUAAUUACUCGGGCCGCACAAACGCGAUAAUUACGGGUUUCCAGGGCAUCGCGUGACGACUGCCGCUUCAAAAAUAAGAAAAAAAAAAUGGAUUCCACUAUGUUUAGUAGUACACAUUUGUUUCUUGAGGUUUUCGAAAAAAUUUGGCUAGAAAGAUCAAAAAUAUCGGGGGAAGCAAUUUACAGCUUCUGAAAAUUUGAUUCGAAAAAAUGGCUGACCUAUGUUUAUUUUUUCAAGUUUGAGAAAGCAUAUGACUAGCUAACUUUCGCCGGAACUGAAAGAAGCGAAGAUGCUACUUAGCGUGUUCUAUUUUUACUUUCAAGAAAUAAAGCUUAUGGUUAAGCUUCUGCUUCUUGUAAACAAGCUUCGACAGCUAAUAAAUGGCGGUUGUAACCUUUUAUUUUCUUUAAUAAGCGGAUGAAGCUCAUAAAUCGACUUAAAAGUUACUAAAGGCUCUCAGAAACUUUUCUAGAAAAAUUGAAAAAGGAGAUGGAUUGAGGUUCCCGCUUUCCACUUUUUCCCACAAAAAAAACUAUAAAGUGAUCAAGCUUCUAAGCCAUCGAUUCUAUCAAAAAAGUCUAAUAUUCCUUUUGUAUUCGAUCAACGAUUAACGAAAGAUGAAGCUUAUAACUCAGCUUGGAAAAUACUAAUGAGCUCUCAAAUGAGGUUCAGACGUUCCAAAGGUCCGCUUAACAAGGGGACAGCGCAUCGUAUCAAAUUCUUUUUGUCGUUUGCGCGCGAGACGCGCAGAAUUUUAAUGAAGACGUCCCCGUUUUCCACUAUAUAUUGUGUGUGGAAAAGGUGUCAUGUAGCGGCCAAUUUGCCUCGAAUUGAAGAAACUACAUAUCUUUGCCGCCACGAUUUAGACGGUUCUGAAGUGAUUGGAAAAGUUUUUAUAGCUCAAAAAAAUUCCCUUUUCUUCCUCAGUACCUCUCUAAGACCAUAAACAAUGGCUUUUUUAAUAAUCCAAAAACCAUAAGGAAUGGCUCAACAACACACACAGCGGCGCCAUUAAGACGCAAUUUGGCUAAAGGGUAAAUUCGUCCCAAGGGGCGAAAUCUCUCCUUUUUCCUUUGAGGACAAAUGGAAGCUCGAGAAAAUCCGAAGAUUAAUGCCUCCUGGCCUUGUCCUUGUGGAGCAGAGUGAGAAAAAUGGCUGAAAUUAUGGGCCCAGAAGGACGAAAGAGCGAAAAACUGACGAGAAUUCAAGAGUGUGCAUGGAAAAUCAUGAAAAAUGGAAAUGUUUUCUCGCUCCCCUUAAUUUUUUGAUAUGUAAUUUCCCUUUUACGUUAAUUUUCAAGAACAAAACAAUCAAUAGCAUUUAUGAAUGUAUUCAUCAUGUUUUAAGAUCCAUGAGAAACUUUGUGGAAUACGCAAAUCUGUCGUGUCUGUUUUUAUAAUCUCUUCAUUCAACCCGGUCAGGAAAAAUGGUUUUCCUUCAGUUCAGUUCAUAUGAUCAUAUCCAUUUCCGGACGUUCUUUUCCAACUUUUCCAAGUACCCAGACCUCAUCAAGUAUGAGUGCAAAGCGAGAAUGGAACGCCUUGAGGCGAGCCUGAAUUCAGCGGCGGAUGAGCCGCGGCUGAUUGCUUAUGACACAUGCGGACAAGGGCCGCGACAUUUUUCCCCGAUGAGGCCAACUUGGAAGGCUCCAAUGUCGGUUCAGUAAGAUUGAGCUGCGAAUAGGGCGGAAGGAAUGACGUUUUGGAAACGUUGGUGAAAUUUUGAGGAGACGAUAAAUAUUACGACUGGUUAGAAGGUCGAGGGAAGACGACAGAGUUAAUUAGACUCAAAAAAUAGAAGCUUUGAAGGAACUGGGGAUUUUUUCCAGGUGAGACAUUGAAAGGAUCUUUUUUGAUAUUUGAAAAAGUUCGAAGAAAGGCAAAGAAACUAUCGCAUUUCUUGAAGAUGAAAAAAUAGGCAUUCUUGAAGCUUAAAGCUCUACUGGACUGUUUAAAAUUGUUAUGGAACACCGGAAUUUCGACUAGCUAUCCAUUCGUUGAGAGGGAUUUGAGUCAAAAAAAAGGCCUGAUUAUAAAAUUUUCCUAUCGUUUCAAUUUUUCUUUUUAUUUAAAAUGCGUAUCUCCGACUAUUCAUCACCCACUAAUAACUCCAUGGCACAAGAGAAAAGCUUCAAGUUCACUUUCCAAACGGAAGAAGGCUGUACUCAAAAGUUUCUCCCAAAAGAAAAGCCAAGAACAAGGCUAAUGGAUAGCUGAAGCUCAGCGAAGCGUGACACGGGACAUUCAUUGUUUUCGGUUUUGGAAGUGGAAGUUUCUCGUCAAAAAGUAUCUAUUCACUAGGGAGCAAGUGGUCAAAAAGUCAAAAAAGGGGAAAAAAGUUGCAGAAUCACGAUGUCACUUGCCAUGGACCGGUGUUUGGCUUCAAAACGGCGUCGAACUCAAUAUAACCCACAAUUCAAUAGGUAAUUUUCAUUCAUAAGUUGUUAAUAUUCAAAUUAAUUCCAGGAAACUUGGGUAAUUGUGUACAAAAAGGCAGGGAUCUCUACCUACUGACCAGCGAAACGUGAGCUCCGAAAAUUAUCGAGAGUGAAUAAAUGAAUUUCAGAUCCCGCGGGCCCUGUUACAGAUGCCUCAUCACUUUUCCUGUCCACGAGAAUAUCCUUCACUACAAAUCGAGUCGGUUUCAAGAAUUAUCGAGGAUUUUGAAUCGUUUGAAAAACGCAAUCCGUCAUUUGGGCCAUAUGUCAAGAUUAGGAAUAUAGGGAGGGAAUUCGAUGGCAUUUGACCUUUUGGGGAUUAUAAACGUUGAGAUAAGAAAGGGAUUCGACAGAGGAAUAGUUAGGUUUUGAGUUGUUCAAAAGGAGAUUCAGGGCUUACGAAUUUUUGAACACUUUUGUAUCAAAAAAUUCAUUUUUGAGUUUGUUUUCAUCCCAUUUUUUUAAAUUCAAAUUGAGAAUCUACUGUUUCCUAUUGUCUUUCCCGUGGUGUGCGACCGACCUGAAACGAUUUUCGCAGGUGCAAAUAAUGAACUGGUUCUUAUCGCAUCGCGACUUUAACUUUUGGAGACAUUCCAAAUGCGACCAAGGCAUUUCUAGUUCUAAUGGAAUCAUUUAUUUCAUGACUCAAAGUAACAUUUCACACAUAGACCUUUAGGAAACUUUUCUAUGCUUUUUUUAAAGUCGCUAGAAGGAGUUUUGAACUUCUCCGUAGAGAAGUUGUACUUCUGAAGUUCUCUUUAUGUUAGUGUUACUUUUAAAGAAGGCUUCCAGAGCUAUUAUAACAGAAUUUGUUCUUUAUUUAUGGUCCCUUUUUUCAGCUCAAUGCAUUUUCGAGCCAAAUAUGUCGUUGGAAAGAUGUUCCCAGUUGAUCAGUGCCGACGUCAUCAUGCACACUUUGUUCAGAAGUGAGUAUUUUUUCCUAUCCGAGAAUUACCCGUGAAAAAAGGCUUGAUCCGGUUCUCAAUUAAGCUUCAUGUGUAGGCGAGAGGCGGAAAUUGGGCGGGAAAUUUGAAUUUCCAUUGUUCGCGGCUGACGCGAAUUAGUUGAGCCCCGUUGUCGCGAAAGUGGCCAAUCAACAAAUUGAGAAGCUUUUGGCUUGGGUUUUAGGAUUCAAGUGAAAUAAGGUAUUCUCUGGAGUGCGGAAUCUCUGUAAAGGCAGGCUUUAGCGUGAGGCUUGGGCCUUUUUUUUGCGAAGAAGCCUCCGCAGACUUGGGCCUGGCUACGCUUCAAAUAGCUUUUCGAUUAAAGAUUUUUCAUCCUCAGUCAAAGACGGGCCGGCCCUUGUACACGCUCGCGUAAAGCUACACACAUCUAUGACCUCUUCAAGCUGUAUUUAGUUUUAUCAAACGGUGAACCUUAUAUAACAUCGGACCUCGGUAACGAAAAUCGGACGUUUCUAGAGAUCACUUAAGAGUGCUGAAGUUAAGAAAGUGGUCACUAGACAUGCCCCGACACGUCCGAUUCGCGUUACCAAGGUCCAAAACUAAAGGUAAAUGAGAAUCGAUUGUUACACACAAUACAAUAUGCUAACAAGGAGUUUUCGCAGAAGACGCCUCGGUGGUGCCGUGUCCAAUCGAAGCGCCACUCAACUUCACUUACCAGUCGAGUUAUGGGUCCUGCAGUAGUAGAACUUCACACAUGCACAGGUAAAUGAUGAGUUGCGAAGAAAUCUCAGACAGGGCUCUUUGCAUUAACCACCCGUUCCGAUCAUUGGAUCACUUGAGAGCAAAAAAAAAGUUAGAACUCCGAUGGCGUCCAAAUUUGGGCGUACAACUUCUUCGAGUCGCAGGCGGCCUAGUAUGCUGAAGAGAGUAUCCAUUCUCAGCGUCGACGUUGCUGACAAGUGAUUGUUGCAGAUCGAAAUUAAGUUUCGCAUCGAUCUGUGAUAAACUUUUUUUUUUACGAUAAACUAGAGUAACAUCAAACACCAGAAUUUCUUUCAUGCCAUUCUAAUAAAAGGUGUUGGAAAGCCAUAAAAAUGAAUUCCGAAACAUUCAGCUGUCCAAGUAGAAGCCACAACGAAUGGAAAUUCAGGUGUUCACAAUACGAUCGAUUGGCGCUUCACUAUCAGGCUUGCCCCGAGGUGCCGAACAGAGAAGCCGCUGGUUUUUCCUUUUAUUUUAUGAGCUUAAUUGAGAAAUAAUCCUUUUGAAGUGUGGCAAAUGGAGUGUAUCGGUAGUUGGCGGUCGUUUGGCCAAUCUUACUUUGCAGCCCGGAUCGGACAACGAUUUGGCGAGCAAUACCGAUGUUUUGUGAGUCUUUUUGAUUUCAAGGCACCUGGAAAUUGCUGCCUUUUCAAGAUUCUCGAGAAAUCUGGAACCAGUGGACGGAUUGGAGAGUCGGCUGACGCUGGAUGUCAAGAACUUACGCAUAUCGGAGCUGCCACGACGACUCUUCACUUUCGGCAAGGUUUGAGAGCAUUUUCAAGCUUUGAAAUUCGGAAAAAAAAUGACAAGAUUAAAAACUUCCAAACUUGUUCCUGCCGCUUUUCUGAGCUCUUUUAUAUUGAAGAGGUGUUGAGAGAAGAUUUCCAAAAAAUCUCAACAAGGGAGCCCAGAAAAAAUCUUCGAAGUUUGAAAGAGGAUCUCACGCUGGGAUCAACAGCAGUUUCUUCAGCCGCCAGAGAACUUUUCAAAUAUUUAAUGAUUAAGCAAACAUUUUUCUUCGAGGGCUGAAUAAAGGUGAAUGAAAAUUUAAACUAAAAUGGAUUCUACAUACCUUUUGCUUACGCGCGACGGCGCAUUGCGGACUGGCGCCGAGCUCGAAAGACGCUUCUUGAGUCGGGAUAUAAUCUUUUUCUUACAUUUUAGGUCUACAAUAUAGGUUGAUUCCAAAAGAUUUUUUUUUCAAUAUCGUAAAAGGAGCAAAAAAAAACUUUCGAGGCUUGAAGAUUUUCUUGACUUUGCUCAUAAAAAGGGAAAAACCUAUUUUUUUUUGAAGAUUCUCCAAUUCACCCAUCCUGCGAAUUUCCAUCAAGCUUGUUUGGGAACAGAAUGGUGCGCCGGAAUUGGGAAUCGAUGGUCUUCGGCACAACUCAUCGAAUUUUGAAUGGUUUCAUCACAUUCGAAAGAAACUUCAUUAUGUUCUCAACUUCAGACACAUGGCUCUCGGUUGUAAGCGGAAGGAACGAGACGGUCUGGAGCUGCUUGAGGUUCAUUAGCUAAUUUAAUAUGAGAAACCAACGGGAGAAGAUUUUCCAGGUCGAGUCAGAUCACUUCAACUGAAAACCCACUAGAGUUCACUUUUCGAACUUUUGUCGCUCAAGGCUGCAAAGUUGGGUAUCAAUGCUUAAAGGUUGAUUUGUCUUGUAAAAAACUGAAAAUAGUUAAAAAUGGAUCUUUAAGAUUCACCAACGAGCUCCGCACAUUCUCCACAUUGCCUAUGGUCAAAUCUCGCCGACUGAUGAUUUUGAUGACUGUUCCGAAUUUUCUGUUGACUACAGGGACACUUUGGUUCUUCAAGGGUCCAAGGUUCAUUCACAUCGAGCUUUAGAGAGUUAUAUUUUGUUAAUUUCUGUUUUUUUUCCUCCUGAAUGAAGGCUAGGAAGUUUUAAUUGAGAGUUGAAUGAAGAAUGUGUCCAGAAAGAAAAAACUUGCCGAAAAAAUCAAAUUUCUCAAGGCGUCCUGAUAGAGUUGCCGCGAACAUGAACUCAGCUCAUAACUUCUAAUUUUGAGUUUUUCCAGCAAGCCUGUCCGAUCCGAGGAAAGCAUACCGUUCCUUCUUGCGAAGUUCCCUUGCUGACCAUCGGCUGUACGGACAAGAACAGCAUGGAGCUGGUCCGCGACUGCAAGUACCCUCAGCAAGGUCCCUUGAGUGGUCACUCUAGCCUCAACUCUCAAGUUUCAGACGAGUUCACCUGUGUCAGCCAUUAUAAAAACGCCGACAAUGACUUUAUUAUUGUGAGGGACGCCCUGUCUCGUCAGCUCAUUUGCAUGGUUAGUUUGAAAGAAAAUCCUUUAAAAUGUUGAUUUUCUAAAUCUUCAAGUUCAAAAAGAACGCUUCAAAAUGAUUGAUAGAUCGAAAAGCGAAGAAAAACCUGAAUAUUUUCAGACUUAUAUAUCGUCAAGGAUCAACCUUCUCCGGGUUUACGACCGUGUUUCCUGCGAAGCAGAGUCGGUCAACGGAUCUCCACCUUCUUUGGCUUUAAACUUCACAUCCACAGGUCAUUUCUGAAGUUCCAAGAAGAAAUAUGGAGAUCGUGUCAUACGUGGGGCAUAGCUCAAUUAGUUCGGGAAGAGGAUUGGGAGAAAUUUCAAAAAUACGAAAAGUUUUGAACCUCAGGAACUAGCAGUGAUUUUAAUUUAGAAAGUCUUAUGAAUAGAGAUUGAUAACCUUCGAAGGUUUUGAAAAUGAUCCACCACCCAUUGAUGGUUAAUAUCCAAACACUGAGGAACUUCAAAUCUUGAAAAAAUAGAAAUUGAAUCUGGUAAAAGGCUAACAUUACCUUGUAAAACGCGCUCCGAUGCUAAUUUAUCUUUUCAGAAGGCUGCACCCUGACUGCAAGCUUCCUCUAUUUUUCCAACUCAUCUCCAAGCCACCGCUACAUGAUAAUACCAUUUUUGUUUGUUUAUUUAUUCAAGUUUUCCGGUGUUGUGAGAUUGAUACUUUAA